AAAAAGGCGGGUGGAUGUCAACGACCUACUAGCUAGGUUAUUGCAGCCAGUUGUGACAGUAGUGAAUCCCACAAGUGUUUUAUUGUAUAAUCUGACCAUAGUGACCGAGAAUUUUUGGAGACAUUCAUCAUGGGUGUUAUCGACGAGACAAAGAAACUGUAUGGAAACGCCACGAACGAUGAUCAAAUGCAGAUCAUUGCUAUUGAUGAAAGCAGUGAAGAAGAGCCAACACCCCCAGCCCCCCAGUCACCUAGGAAGUUUAAGCACAGACCUCCCAAAUCUCCCAAACCCAUGGACUGGACCAAAAAUUCAGGAAGGAAAGUUAAGGGCACUAAGACUGGCAGAAGAAUGGAUAAUUUCAACUUUUUGCUGAGUCUUGUGGACAGUAAGGAAGAGUUUGGUGAGCUUGACAUCCAUGACUAUUUGGAGCCAACGAUGUCUGCAUUUGGAGAAAUUCUCUCAGAAGAGGAAAAAAUGAGGGCAUGGAAUGACUUUAUAAACCAUUCAGAAGAGGAACAGCAGCAGUUUUUACAAGGUCAACAAUACUCUGAGGAAGAAGUGACUGAUGCAGUCUUUUUGGAUGCUGAUGAAAAAGAUAAUGCCCUUUCUGGCGUAGGAGGGUUGGGAGCUGAUGACAAGAGAACAGUCCAUCCUGCUUUCACAGCAGAGGAGUGUUUCAAGAAAAUUGACAGCAAUCUUAGAGGAUUAUUGUGUAAAAGACAACUUCCAAAGGGCAUCCUAUCUGCAAUAGAGGAGGAAGUAACAGAUUUCUUCAAAGAAUGGCAAAAUUCUGUUUAUAUUUCAAAGAUAGCAAAUCCCUUUGAGAGAUUGUUGCUACAUGCAGUGUGCCAGUAUCUCAGUCUGUCCUCAAAAAGUUUUGAUCAUGAAAACGCCAGGCAUACUCAAGUGGAAAACCCACUGGACUCCUUUUCUCCUCCUGAUGUCACUCUCAUUGAAUAUCUAGAGUUGCACUCUCACUGAUGUAUCCAUUGUUGUUUGUGCACAAGCAGUA